CGGCGUGUUUGCUAUUUGUUGAAUUUGUUAUAAGUGCGUUUUAAAUGGUAUAAUGGGUUUAACUAAACAAUAUUUGGCCUAUCGUGCCAUAGACAGCUUUAACAUAAUCACCUCGGGUCGUAGCAAUGUGAAUUUCGCUGUGCUCGAGAAGAGCGAAGGACGCUUUGCUGCAGCUGCAGCGGCCGAGAACGUUAUCAUAUGGGACUUGCGUAUGGGUGAUCGUAAGCUGACUUUGCGACGAGAGAAGCAAGAGGUCACGGCUCUGAGAGUAUCUCCAGAUCAUCUGCAUAUUGCUGUGGGGUUCGCCGAUGGCGUAGUGCAAAUCUUCGAUUUAAGCUCACGCACAUAUUACGAUGCAAUCUGCUCUCUGGCGCUGCACAAGAACGCUGUGAGCGUGCUGCGUUAUGAUUCACAGGGCAUGCGUUUAGUAAGUGGAGGUCUGGAUACUGAGAUGGUUGUGGUGGACACAGUGGAGCAAGCAGGUCGUCAGCGUUUAAGUGGACAUAACGCGGCCAUAACAGAUGCACACUUUCUGCAGCGUCUGGUGGAGCAGGACAUUGUGGUGAGCUGUUCAAAGGAUACGCAAAUCAAGUUCUGGAAUCUCGAGACACAAUUCUGUUUUAAAACAAUUGUUGACAAUCGUACGGAGAUUUGGGCCUUGGCUUUUGUCAAUGACCUUAUGAUAGCUGGUGCUGGCGAGAGCGGCAUGAAUGUUUAUCGUCUGCGCAAGCGCGAUUCGACCGAACAUGGCUCAUUGGAGUCAGCCGUCGAGGGUCUUGCUAUAGACGAUGAGGAUACUAUCAGUCCGAUUAGUGUCAGCAACUGUGGCACUAUACAGCGGGCCGGCAAAGGUCGCACAGUGAAUUUGGUGAGCGAUCCCAAUGAGCGUGUGCUGAGCUGUCAUGGCACCAACGAUCUUAUUGAGAACUUUUAUAUCUGCACGGCGGAGGAAGCCAAACAGCGGCUCAACAAACGGCUAAAAAAGGCACGCAAGGCAGCACCAGAGGAAAAUGCUGAACAAAUUUCGAAGGAUCUCUCGCUUAGCGAUGAGAUAAAGCGAUUGGAAAGCAUUAAAACAUCAAAGCAGAAAAUCAAAUCCAUUGAUGUCCUGCUGGGCGAGAACAAGGAGUUGCGCGUUCUGGUCAGCUUCGCCAACAACAGCAUGAGCCUGUACUCCUUGGAGGUGUCCUUAAAGUCGCGCAAGGCUGACGCAGAGAGCAGCGUCAAAUUGCUGCGCUCACUAACACGCCUGGGCCAUCAGUCUGAAGUGCGCUCCGUGUGCUUUAGCAAUGAUUCCUUAGCCAUUGGCUCGGGCGCUGCUGAGUCCUUUAAGCUCUGGGAUCGUGAUGCCAUGCAGUGCCUGCGGACAGUGUCCACGGACUAUGUGCUCACUUCACGCUUCGUGCCAGGCGACCGCUAUGUUCUUUUGGGCAUGAAGAGCGGCAAACUCGUAAUUAUGGACGUGGGCGCGGCGGAUAUUGUGGAGAGCAUUCCUGCGCACGAGAGUGAACUGUGGAGCAUUUCAUUGCUGCCGGACCAGAAGGGUUGCGUUACAGGCAGCGGCGACACCACAGUGAAGAUCUGGAGCUUUGAGUUAAUUGACGCUGGUGAGGGCGCCGCACAGACCAAAGUGCUAUCGUUGCUGCACAAGAACACCUUGAAGCUGGAGGAGACAGUACUUUGUGUGGUCGUGAGUCCGGAUAUGAAAUAUCUGGCCGUGGGACUGCUCGAUGCUACAGUCAAGGUCUUCUUUCUGGACACCUUCAAGUUCUACUUGUCGCUGUAUGGACACAAGCUGCCUGUGCUGUGUAUGGACAUUUCCUAUGACUCCACAUUGAUAGCCACAGGUUCGGCGGAUCGUAACAUCAAGAUAUGGGGCUUAAACUUUGGCGACUGCCAUCGCUCUAUCUUUGCACACGACGACUCUGUGAUGUCGCUACAGUUCAUACCCAGGACGCACAUGUUCUUUAGCUGCGGCAAGGAUGGCAAGAUCAAGCAAUGGGAUGGCGACUCCUUUGAAAAAAUAGUGACGCUACCUGGACACAUUGGCGAGGCGUAUAGCCUGGCAGUGUCGCCCAAUGGACGUUAUCUGGUUAGUUGCGGAUCGGAUCGCACGCUGCGCCUGUUUGAGCGCACCGAGGAGACAAUUGUGCUCAAGGAUGUGCAAGAGGAGGAGCGCGAGCAGCUGGAAAACGAGCGACUGGCCACAGGCGAGGACAACAGCGUGCCAUUGCUGCCGGGCCUGAAGCUGCCAUCGCGCAAAACCGUUGGCUCCGAGCAGGCUGCUGAGUCUAUUAUAGAAUGCCUGGAGAUAAGCAAGCAAUAUGAACUGGAUGCCGAGGAGAAGCCUGAGCUGCAUCCGCUUAUGCGUGCGCUGCAAGUUAAGAGUCCGAACGACUUCUUGGUCACCACACUGGUGCGCAUACGCACCUCCGAAAUGGAGGAGGCGUUGCUGUUGUUGCCUUUUUCCGUAGUCUGUGAGUUGCUGGAACGCUUGCCAGCGCUCAUAACCUCUCGACCCGACGAACUGGAGCUGCUGUGCCGCGUUACAGUGUUUCUCUUCAAGGUGCACAUGAAGCCCAUAGUGAAUGCCAAUCAAAUGAAGCCGCUGCUCAUGCGACUGCUGGCGCUACUCAAGUCGGACAUACAGGGACUGCGCGACGUCAUGGGCUACAAUCUACAUGCACUGGCGCUGCUUCAAACCGAAGUGGAGCAACGGGAAGGUGUGCAGCUGUUCCACGAAGCGACGCAGGCGAGACGUAAGCGUGAGAAGAAACGACGUGAGGCGUCCAAACGGCGACUGCAGAUACAAAUGGUUUAACUAGUACUUUAAUU